AUGAUGUCCGCCUACUGCGCAUGUGGCAAGUCCGUGAUUUUAAAGAGAACAAUUAAUUCAUCAAUACAUGCAUCUAUCCAUCCCCGUCGACUACACAAGUUUAGGAAUAAGCUUAAAGAGGGGAACAUCUUCUCCAUAACCGCAUUUGAUGUCAAGCAAAAUCUUAACUGCUAUCAGUUAACUGAUCAUCCGUAUAAAAUCUACUUCAAUGACCAUACCGCUUUGGAAGAUGUCAAUGGUGGCCAAUACAACAUUCCCCAUGAGUAUUUUCAUAUCCGUCCAUUUGCAGACCUUGGAAUGAUGAAGGUGGAUGAGACAACAACUCCUCCUAAGACUUCCUUGAAUCUUACUCUGACAUGUACUUUUGACGUUGGUGAGACUGUUUAUAUAUCUGUAUCGGAAAAACUCGUACGCCAGCUUAGUGAAGAACUUGUCCAACUAAAAGAGGCACCUCUUCUUGUCAUUGCAACUAGCGUGAACUCAAGAGCUGUUGGUGGUAAGUUAGAUCUAAUAUUUACCUAG